AUGGGACUUAAUCGAUUUAAAAGGACAUUAGAUGUUGAGGCAGCCUGCAUAAGUGAAACAUUAGUAGAAGAUUCACCUGAUGAUGAUGGGGUUAUAGAACUCGAAGGAAACGAUGGUAGCAGUGCAAUCCAAUCUAUUGUUAAGAGGUGUGAAGAAAUUCGGUCAAGUCAAGAGCAGGGUGAUACCGAUAGUAAUACCAAUAGUGAUGAAUCUGACGUGGAGCCUGAUGAUCCAGAUUAUCAACCUGAAAGCGAUUCAAUGAGUUAUUCAGAUGACAAUGACAUUGACGAACCAACAAGAAACGAUCCAAAUGUUGAUGGUCCUGAUGUUCUUGAUGCUAUCCCUGGUCCUUUCGUAGCUGAUGUUGCCAUCCCUGUUGUUUCAGAUCAUGUCAUUCUGGUCCCUAAUGUUACUGAUGUGGAUGUUUCCAGUCAACCUGUUGAUGUUAUUCCUGUUAUCGAUGUUAUUGCAGACCCUGUUAGAGAUGGUGUAGCAGUUCCUGAUCAUACUGCUGAUAAUGAACCAACCCGUGGAAGAAAACGAAAACGUCAAUCUAAUUUGUGGAAACGCAAUAUUCGUAAGCAGAGUAGGAGUGCUGGAACCGAGUAUGUUACGAGAAAAGGAAAGUUAGUUUCCGAAAGGAAACCCUUAGUGGCAAAGUGUUUUCGAACUGGAUGCCGCUUGAAGUGUGCUCACAACUUUACAGAUCUACUCAAUUUUCUCUUUUCAACGAUAUGCGACAUGGGUGGUUUAAUACAAAAUUGA